AUGUCCCCCGGAAGCAACAACGAGAGGAUAGCGAUGGGCGACCAAGAAAUACGAAACAUCGCCAAGAACUGCCAAACCACCAUCGCCACUCUUCUUGAUACAACCAAAGACGGUGAUUCCCAUGUGAAGGACUUGGUGAACGAGAGAGAUGUCGAAGAGAUGCAAGAGAGGUUUGACCAGUGGGUUGGCAACCUCGGUGCUUUGCAGGCUUCCAAAUCGCCUCUAUCUCUUGAGCAUCGGCUUCGAAACAGUCCCAUGGUCAAAAAUGUCAUUCUAAGAACGCUUGCGGACCUCCAUGACUCGAUUCAAGCUGCAACGGACAUAGCCAUGGGGAGACGCAGUAAUAGAACUGCCGGUCCGAUAAUCGACUCCGACACAGACCUCGCCGAAUAUGAUAUCUCAUCCAGUGACUCCGACUCAGCGAUAUCAUCCGCAUCGAGUUUCGGCAAUGUCCCGCAGGCCACAACCUCAACAUCAGAGAUCCAGGAGUUAAUGUUGGCCAUCAAGAUCGGCCUGGAUUACCUGUUUAAAGCUUCCAUAUUCAUCCGAAAGUUCGCCCCCAAAGACAAACGCCAAAGGGCAUCGAAUACAAAACCGUUUGACAACCGCGCUGAUGCCAUGUAUAUCAAUGACCGGUAUCCUUUGGUGGCCAACAAGAACGAGGCCCUGGUGGCUCGCCUAGGGGAGGCUAAUGCCAGACGCCGACAGUACUUCAAGUAUCGCCGAGAUCACAAUGACCGGUUAUCCAGACCGGAUACGGAAAAGAACGCUUCCAUACCAAAACCUAAGCCUCGCCCACAUCCUCUACCCGUCGAUCAAAGCUCCAAACCAACAAAGUCGGUCUUGUCAGAGCAAACAAAGCCAAGUCUAUUGGCUCAUACAGAAGCGACCGAGUUUGUGGGUGAUCAUCCUCUGGCAGAGGCUCAGCUAUCAGCAUUUCUCGACCCGCCGCCUGCCAUGUCCGUAGUGUCGUUCGCCACAUCGAUUGUUGAGUCGCCUGAGGAUAAUCUUUCCUUUCCCCCUUUGCCUGGAGAAGCCCACAACAACUCUUCGUUCUUGUGUCCAUACUGUCUGACGAUUGUUCCACUGAAGCCCAAAGACAAGGACAGUCAAUGGAGGAAGCAUGUCAUCGAAGACCUCGAGCCAUAUAUCUGUACCUUUCCUGGAUGUGGUCUCGAUAGCUAUGUGUCACAGAAUGCUUGGUUUGAGCAUGAGCUCUUGAUGCAUCGCAACAGCUGGAUAUGUCCGAAAUGCUCCGGAGUUUUUGAAUCCUCCGAGGCCUUAGGACAACACCUUGACGAACGUCACAGUCUUGAGAUAUCAAGUAGUCAAAUGACGAUGGUAAUCGAGCAGUCGAGGAGACCCAUGGAUUUCAUUCAGCCGAGCGAAUGCCCAUUUUGUGACGACGAAUGGGCCUCAGCUGAACUGAAUGCUACAUCGGCAGAAGAAGUCCUCGUUGUUGACCUGGACGAGUUUCGCCGGCACCUAGGCCACCAUCUUCAACAGGUUGCUCUUUUCUCACUUCCACGGUUGAAUCAAGGUCAGGAGAUGGGCUCUAAUCAUGUUGUCGGUCUUCUCGACAGAGACUCCAUGCCGACUGGCUACAGAUGGAUACGAGAUGAUUGCGGUCGCGGCUGGAGCAUCAUCUCCGGCAGAAGAGCAACAUUCAUUUCACUCGCCUUCUUUCUAACCAAAUGUCGCAUGGGUAGCACAACUCAUGUUGAAGGAGGGCAUGGAGAAACCAACGUCAAGGUCCCGAGAACUCCGCAAGAGCGGACAGUUCGACCCACACGAAUCCCUCGGCCUUGGCCGCCGUUGGGGAUCCCACGCCCAAGAAUCCAUCGGUUUAUUACUCCAUGGUCACUUCCAUCAAGGAUGCCGAGAAGUCCUCGAUAG